UCAGCUUCAUUUAGACCACGUUCAGGCACAAAUACUGAUCAGGAUUAUGUCUUCAUUGUUUCCACUGCGCAAAAAAGAGCAGAAGAGCCAAAACACAAAAAACUGAGUCAGGUAACCCUCUGCACAGACCACCAUGGAGGAAGAUUAAAACAUCCCUGUGAGUCAAAAGGAGGAAGAGAAAGCAGGGAGAAAACACAUUCUUAAGACAUCAAAGACUUUUGUGAAGCAGCGUGGAAAUGCUGUGAAUAGGAAGAACUCAGAGAGUUCCGUACCUCAUGUGCAUCUUUUCUUCCUACUGAUCCUGAAACCGGAUGAUGUUUUUGGAUAGCUGUAGCUCCAUAUCCAGGAAGGAAAAACAACAGCAGGUCAAGAAGGACAGGAAGAGAGAGAGGAAAUUAGGGCGAGGAAGUAUGAUGGCCUUGAGCCACAGGAAGCCGCAGUCCUCAUUGGCUCAGUAUCCUGUACAGUGAGUGCGUAAAAGUACAGACUGUAUGAAGUGUACAAAAGAGAAGGAGGAAGAGGACCUGAACACAGCUUGCAGUUUCUCCAACAACGUCCGUGAAAAAGGAACAUGUCUGAGCCUCGUGGGGAUGGUGACGCACAGAGUGGGGGAGACACACUGGAUGCCCUAUCAUUUUUUUCACAGAAGCAGGAUGCAGAGCCUGCAGAGAGUCCAAAGACUGCAGAGGAAACGGAGUCUUCAUCCAUCAGCACUAAAGCAGCAGACUCAGACCCUUAUCGAUACAGGAUGGACUACCCGUGCAUGGGAACCUGUCUGAUCAUCAACAACAAAAACUUCCACCCCUGCACAAAUAUGAGUACUCGUAAUGGAACAGAUGUGGAUGGUGCCACUGCUAUAAAAUGCUUCUCCGAUCUGGGCUACAAGAUAAGGUUUGCCAAUGAUCAGACUGUGAGCCAGAUAAAACAGCUGAUGAUAAGUGUAUCCCAGGAGGACCACAGCAAUAAUGCAUCAUUUGCAUGUGUGCUCCUCAGUCAUGGAGAGGAGGGUGUGAUAUUCGGCACUGACGGCUUUGAGAAGUUAGAAAAUCUGACUAAAUACUUUAAAGGAGAUCGCUGCAGGGGUUUGGUGGGGAAACCAAAGCUCUUCUUCAUACAGGCAUGCCGUGGCUCAGACCUGGAUGGAGGCAUUGAGACUGACAGCGUAGCGGAGGGAACAUCGGAGAGGAUUCCUGUGGAGGCAGAUUUCCUGUAUGCUUUUUCUACGGCUCCAGGCUACUACUCUUGGAGAAACACAUCCAAUGGUUCCUGGUUCGUUCAGGCGUUGUGUGAGAUGUUGCAGCGGUGCAGUGGAGAGCUGGAGCUGAUGCAGAUCAUGACCAGAGUCAACCGCAAGGUGGCGACGCACUUUGAGUCUGCCUCCAACCUCCCUGGAUUCAGCGGCAAGAAGCAGAUCCCCUGCAUCGUCUCCAUGUUGACCAAAGACUUCUACUUUCCUGUCUAGAUCCAGAUACAUGUCUUCUUUUGACCUAUGACCCACUACAUACAUUUAUAUACUUUGACUUCAAAAUGUUUGAGUGAAAUCCAAACAGGAUGGUGUUAGCUUAAAGAUGAAUAAUUACCUCAGUAAAGAUUUUCCUAAUGAGUUUAUGCUCUCAAUCACUGGUUCCAAGUCUUCUCCCAUACAGCAUGUGCAUAUUGUCCCAUUUAGAAUAAAGAAGACUAAUGUGUUCCUUUAUGAAUAUAUAUUUUUAAAAGUGCUGGAAAAUACUCUAAUUGUAAUAUUUGAACAUCAUAGUUUUAAUAAAAAUAUAAAAGAGUGUAAGUA